CCAGCGUUGCGAACGAGCUGUCACUGCCGGUGAGAAAGCUGUUUUGCCAGAUUUGUUUCCUCCGCACUGAAACCAUUUUAUGAAAAACAUCUUGUCCGUACGCUGCAUUUUGAGCUGAAUCUUUCGUGAUGGCUUCGGAACGGUAUAGCUUUUCGCUGACCACCUUUAGCCCGUCGGGUAAGCUGGUCCAGAUCGAGUAUGCCCUCGCGGCGGUAGCGGCCGGAGCACCGUCGGUCGGAAUCAAGGCGGUAAACGGUGUCGUAAUCGCGACGGAAAACAAGCAGAAAUCGAUCCUGUACGAUGAGCACAGCGUGCACAAGGUCGAGAUGGUGACGAACCAUAUCGGGAUGAUCUACUCUGGCAUGGGGCCCGACUAUCGGCUGCUGGUGAAGCAGGCCCGCAAGCUGGCCCAAAACUACUACCUCACGUACCGCGAACCGAUACCGACGUCGCAGCUGGUGCAGAAGGUGGCCACCGUCAUGCAGGAGUACACGCAGUCGGGCGGUGUCCGACCGUUUGGAGUUUCGCUGCUGAUCUGCGGCUGGGACGAUGGCCGUCCGUACCUGUUCCAGUGCGAUCCGUCCGGCGCUUACUUCGCGUGGAAGGCGACGGCGAUGGGCAAGAACGCCAACAAUGGCAAAACGUUCCUCGAGAAGCGGUACAGCGAAGAUCUCGAGCUGGAUGAUGCCGUUCAUACCGCGAUUCUGACGCUCAAGGAAGGCUUCGAGGGACAGAUGAACGCGGACAAUAUCGAGGUGGGCAUCUGCGAUGCGAACGGUUUCCGCCGACUGGACCCAUCCGACGUUCAGGAUUAUCUGGCCAAUAUUCCAUAAGCUAGCUAGCUAGGGCAAAGGGGGAGAAGCAAAUCGAGAGAGAGUGAGAAGAGGGAGCUUUUUCGUCGUAAGAGUGCGUCCUAGCCAGGGACAUUUUUUGCGUUAAAGUAGAGUUACUCUGGAUGGGUGGAUGAUUUGGAAUAAACAGUUACAUUUCUUCAAGCGGA